CUGCAUUCGAGCUCCAUUCCUGGAACUUCUGACAUAUUUUACGUAAGAAUGUAUUUAUAGUAUCCAUGGUUCAAAGAAGAUCGAUCAGUGGCGACGGUGACGGAAGCGAACUUUAUAUCGGGAUGAUUUAAACCUCAUGUUAGCGAAUCCCUGAUAAACAAGGAGGAAAGAUUCAGUUAGCCCGCGAUCUUACUCAUUUCUGACCCCAUACUGUUUGCUGUUUGUUAUACGUUAUAUUCUACGCUCAAUCAUCCGUCGGAUCGGUCGAUAAUAAUACUACUACCAACCCCCACACCAUGCCCCGGCUCAUCGACCUAGAGCCAAACCGGAGGACAAAGCCCAUGCGCAUCCUCUGCCUAGGCUUAACCAGAACCGGAACAAACUCCCUAGUCGAAGCACUCCGCAAACUCGGCUACAACCCCUACCACGGCUCCGAAUGCUUCAACAACCCACCCCGGGACUUCAAUCUCUGGAUCGAAGCAAUGCAAUGCAACUUCUUCAACGAUGACCCCACAAGAACCCCGCGAUACGGCCGCGAGGAAUUCGACCGACUCAUCGGCUCCUACGACGCCUGUCUCGACAUCCCCGCCUCGAUGUUCUGGGAGGAUCUGUACCAGGCCUACCCGGACGCUAAGGUGAUACUUACCACACGGGACAUAGACGCCUGGUGGAAGUCGAUGGAUGCGACAUUAUUUGGAUUCAUGAGGAUGCCCUUUUUUCGGUACUGGCGGUAUCUGGAUAGAAGGGUGAUCGGACCGCUGUAUAGCAUGUAUGAGCUGGUGUGGAGGAUUUUCUGUGGGAAUUGUUAUGAGAAGGAGGUGUGCCAGCGGGCGUUUCUGGAUCAUUAUGAGCGGGUGCGAGAGGCGAUUCCGAAGGAGAGGAUUCUGGAGUUACGUGUUGGGAGGGAUGGCUGGGAGGAGCUUUGUCGCUUUCUGGACGUACCGGUGCCUGGUGAGCCGUGGCCGAGGGCGUAUCCGACUGCUGCAUUUCAGGAGCAUGUAGACAUUGCUUUUAGGGGGGCUGUUGGGACUCUUCUGACGUGGGGUGCGCUUGGUGUGGUGGUAUUUGUGGGUGUACUAUGGAUCGGAAAUCAUGGGGGAAGCUUUCACGAUGAAGUAUGAAUCAAAGAAUGACUCUGUGAUCUUUCAUCGGUAUGGGAACAUCGCUGUAUGGGCUUGAGCCAGUGGGACGGUUCAUUCCAU